GUGCUUGUGUGUGUGCGUAUAUUAUUUUGUCUUGUUUUAAUAUUGUUUUGCAUCUAAAAGACAAUAAGUUACAGUAAAAACAAUCGAGCUAACACUGAAAAUGUAUUAUCCGUACCAUGGAAAUGAAUAUACAAAAGCAGAUCAUUGACUUCUUUUCGUUCUUUGAGGAAUUCCAUAACGUUUCUAAAACGUGUUUGAAAGAUUGCCAAAAGUGCGCAGUUACUAUUAAUAAGCUGAUUUAUCGGUGUAAAAACAUUAGAGAUGCCGAGGUGACCCAGACGCCAUUGGAAGAAUUCGAUGGUCUGCAGGGCAAAUUGUGCGCGGCUUUACAUAACCUUAUAUCAGAGGAAAUACAUGAACUUAAAGGCAAUUUGUGCACCAUAGAAGAUUUAUUUGAUAAACUGUGCAACAAACACAAAGUCUUCCAUCAGAGUUGUGAAGAAUUAGAUUAUACAGAACAGAGUAAACUUAUCAAGGGAUCCCCUCUUCAGCCUCCGUUGCAGCAACUUCUUGACUUUGCAGAUGACGCACUGACCUUUGGAAGUCAAGUUUGUGCUCAGAUAGAAACCUCUAUAAGUGUUCUUACAUUUAAAGGCUUGAAAUCAGAUUCUUUAGUUGAAAAUUUUAAAGUUUCUAGUGAGUGGAGCAGACGCAUACCAGAAAUCAUAGCUUAUACAUCAUUUUGCGCUGAAAAUCAAAUUUAAACAUGGAUUUACUAGGUUCAAUCUUGAACUCCAUGCAAAAGCCACCUUCAGCAAGUGAAGCACAGAAAAAUGCUGCCAAAAAGCAGAAAGAGGCUCUUGAGCGCAAGCAGAAGGAGGAAAAAAACAUGUUAAAUAGAUUUAGAAAGAGAGUUGAAGAUAAAAUAAGUGAGUUUGUUAAAGACGGGUCCAAACCACACUUAGCAUUUGAACCGAUGGAUCAAACAUGUAGAGCAAUAAUUAGAGAUGUCUCUGAAAUUGCCGGCCUCCAAGUAUUUUCAUUUGGGCAAGAUGGAAUUGAUAGAUAUUCAGUAGUUUAUACCAAAGAACGCCCUCCAUCUGAAGACGAGUUGACGGUACGUAGAGCGGGUGGCAUUUGGGAUGAACAUAAAGCAGCUGAAAUGGCUAAAGAACGUGUUAAUAGACAAAAACUCGCAGCUUUAGAGUCAGAGGAAGAAAAAAAUAGAAAGCGCAAGCGUGGCACAGAGGAACUUAGCGGUACAUUUUACAAACAAAAGUAUGCUCAUUUAAUCGGUGAAAAUGCAGCUUUAGGAGCCGCUCAAAAGACAAAUAUGAAUAAAAGUUAUGGAGAAGUUCCGAGUGAGAAUAAAAAGGAUCAGCGCUCUAUAGAACAGACUAUGGCAGAUAUUAAGGCUAAGAAAAUGAGAAAGGCAGAGGCCGAGGCAAAUGAAAAUCAAACUUAAUUCUUCUGUCUGAUUUUAGAAAUUAAACUAAAUCCAAAAUAUGCAAAAUUUAAGCAACUUUUGGACCAUGCCUCUUAGAAUAGUUGUGUGCAUUGUUUUUUCUCUUUCUAUCUCAUUGUACUCUACGAGACAACUGUAUAGUCAUUACAUCUUUCACUUAAACACGUACAUUUGAUCUUUAUACUGUCUGGUUGGCCUUAAUGAUGAUAGGUCUAGUGUCAAUUUCUUUAGAUUCCUUUGAAUAGUGAGAAUUGAUCCAUUCUUAUGACAUAGGUUAUGAUAGCCCAAAGACCUUUUGCUGGAAAACAACACUUAUAAUUGAUGCUACCCUAAGGUCUCAUGUCACUGAGAAUAUGACAGUAAUUUUAAAGGGUUAUUCCCAACUGCUAGGCCUUAUUACAACUGGUAGCUGUGUAAAAAAAAUCAAGGUUAGGAAUAAGCACGAAGAAUUACGUACAUUUUCCCACCUGUUCCUGUCUCUCUCUCCCACUCGCACAGUGGCAAUGGCCGAAUAUAAUUACGCGCAUAGAGAUAAAUACAAAAUUAUACUUUAAAAAUAACCGUAAGGCUGUGGCAAAUGCUAAUAAUAUAGGAAGCUAUUAGCAACAACCAUAUCUAGAGCUUGGUGCUCAUUGUGACAGAACUACCUAUCCAAUACUACUAGUAUUAGAAGCAAUUAUAAGUGAGUAGAUAGACAUUAGAUAACUUAUAAAUAAUUAUUGUCCAUAUAACAAAUAUUUUUUCAGAAAAAAUGUAGGUGUCUUUUACUAAUUUUCAGAAAAAGUAUUUUAUAAUACUUAAUUUUAAUUUGCAAAACGAAAUUGUGACUUAGUUUUUUUCUUUGUGUGCAUUUUGAACGGAGACAGGAGUAUGUUUUCUUUAUACAAAACAUAAUACUCCCGAUUCUGGCGAAAAGCAAAGACCCAUUUUAUUGUGUAAGAUGUGAAUGUAGAUGGCGCUCUACGGCUUCGUAAAUUGCGGUGACUCUGGUUGUCAAAAGUAGACGUUUCACAAUUCAGUGACCACAAAACAUAUCGCACAGUACAGCGCCAUCUGGUUCAGCUGUCAAAUUAGGGGGCAUGUUUUUAUCUUGGAUUUUAUUACAAUCAAUGACUUUUUUGUAGAAGUAACCUUUUUUCUUUUCUUUUAUAAGUUGUUAAGGUUGUACUUUUUUUCUGAAAACGACCGAAUGGCAUCGUAAAGAAAGGUGACCGUAAAGUAUGUACCUACAAGUUAUAAGACAUAUAUUAUUGAAUACAAUGAUAUUUUUUCUUUCUACAUUACUAAUGUAACAAGGAUUUUUUUUUUCAUUUACCAACCAACUUUAUAGAAUAAUAAUUUACAUUAUUCAUUGUUUAUUUAAAUGUAAAUUAAAUAAAUAACACUGCCAUUUGAAAUUAUGUUCGAUGUAAUUUCUUUCUGCGCGGUAUUGUUAUGUAACAUGUGGUAUCCCUUUAACCGAUCGCGGUAUUGUUAUGUAACAUGUGGUAUCGCUUUAACCCAGGGGUCUCCAAAC